AUGCAAUAUAAAAUUUAUAUUUUAUUGAUAAGUAUUAUUUUUCUAUUUGGAUUUGAGAAAAGAUAUUCAUUAGCAAUACAAUGUUAUAGUGGAAGUCAAUUACAAAUGAUUGAAUGUCCAAGUAUGUCUUGUAUUAAACAAACUCUUGGAUUAGAUACUGUUCGAUAUUGUGAUGGUGUAGGAGUAUCCUCAAUUUGUCAAACAUACCAAAUUUUUGAUUCCUGCUCAAAUAUACCAAAUUUAGGGUACAUCUGUUGUUGUUCUACAGGACUCUGUAAUUCAAGUACUCAAAAUAAAGGAAAUAUUUUAUUAUCUUUAAUACCUAUAUUAAUUGGUUUGAUAUAUUUUGUAAGGAAUUAA